GGUUUGUCACCUUGACAACCCACCACAACGGGACAUGAGAACUCUGAAGUCGACCCUCACGCGGUACCGUAGGGCUUAUCUCCGUUGUCAAGGUCUGGCAUCAACCAGAGGACUCGUUAAUUCACCGAAUUUUCGGUAAUGUCCCGCCCUCCAGUCCUGCCGGCCAAUAGCAAUCCCCGCUAUAGUUUCAAUAUCUCCGUGCUCUCGUCAGCGCUACAGUGUCAACGCUGACGGCGGAACGGACACCUCUCGCGCCCAGGGGGUAAUGUGUCAGACGCCGCAGAGACACGAGAAAAGAAGUAAAGCACGGCGCUCUCACAGGAAGUGUAACUGAGCGCUGGCUGGUGAAAGAGGGGACAUUGACGGAUAGCAGCGGCUGACUUUUCAAGAUUUCCCGGACUGAUUCGGGUCGGAACUCACCAGAGGGAAUUUAAAAAGUUGUUUUCCUUUUUUUUCCCCCACCACCUUUCUCCCGCACGUUCACCCACUUGACCGCGCGCUUGGAGAAGGGUGGCACGAGCAUGGGAUUCUUUCUGUGAUGUGGAUUCUUGCAGAAGCAACGGAGGCAAACCUCUGUGUAUUACAGAACAAUGUGAGACGGUACUGGCUGCUUCUGUUUCUGGAUAUUCUCAAGAUCAUUGGCAACAGCUGAGCGCGGGAUACCCCUGUGGCCCGGCCGUCCCGGAGCACACCGGCAUGGGCUCAGAGCCGCUGUAACGGAGAUACCCACUCCCCGGAGGAACUUCUCACAGCGACAGACCUUUCCAAUACAUCUGUGCUCGUGUGCUGGCGACCGGCAGCGUCGCCCUAUGGGAUAUUAAUUCCUGUUAUUUUCUCUGAAUCAUGAACUUUGCUGGCAUCCUGAUGCGGUUCCUAUUCGUCACGUUCGUGUGUUUGUCAGCUAUAAAGACUGCCCACAUCCCCGAGGAGGAGGGACAGCGCGUGCAUGAAGUGGUGAUGCCAUUCCUGGAGGUGUAUAACCGGAGUGUGUGUCGCCCGCGGGAGGUGCUGGUGGACGUGCUGGCGGAGUACCCUGACGAGGUGGAGUACAUCUUCAUCCCCUCCUGCGUGGCCCUCAGCCGCUGUGCUGGCUGCUGCUCCGACGAGGCCGUCGAGUGCACGCCCGUCAUCACACACAACGUCACGCUCGAGGUAAAGAGAGUAAAGCCUUUCCGACUGGAGAACAAGAGCUACAUGAGUUUUACUGAGCACAGUAUGUGUGAGUGCAGACCAAAGAAAGAGAAGGAGAAAGGUGAAAGAAAGCAGCGGAGGGGCAGAGGCAAAGGCCUCAAGCGAAAGAGAAAGAGAAACCGACAGAGAACACAGGAAGUCUCUAGUCCAGUGUGUGAGCCGUGCUGCAGUGGCUGCUCGGACAGGAGGCGUCGGCAGUUUGUGCAGGACCCCCACACGUGCCAGUGCUCCUGCAAGAACACUGAGGCCGACUGCUGGGCCAAACGCCUCGAGCUCAACGAGAGGACCUGCAGGUGUGAUAAGCCACGUAGGUGAACGUGUGUGUAGUGCAUACAAUGGGACUCCCAGAUGAAGGAACAUUAUCAGCCUCAUCACUGCCCUUCACCUUUCACCUUUCACCCCCUCGACCUCUGAACUCUGAACUCUGACCUGGUGCCUGCCUGUGGACGCGAGCCCUCCCUCUGAAGAGGAGGAGAGAAAAGGAGGAGCAAGAGGAGAGGAGAAGAGAAGAGAAGAGAGAAGGAGGAUAAGUCAAUAAGUGCAUAUGAUGACAUAGAUGAAGACAAAUAGAAGAGGAGGUUUUUUUGCUGCUAAAUGAAGAAGAUAGAAGCAGUGUGUGUAUGUAUGUGUGUGUGUGUGUGUGUGUGUGUGUGUGUGUGUGUGUGUGUGUGUGUGUGUUUUGAGGAACUGUUACUCUGGACUGGAUGCAGAGCAGGUUGGAGUGCAAGACAGUCCUCAUGCCCUCCACCCCAUUAUGAUGUCACAUCCAGCUGUCAUCACACCUCUGACAUCACAUCCUGUUUUGUGAGUCGCUGCUUCUGCAUAGCUCAAGAGGCUUCACGGAGACCUCUUGCAAGUCUGUGUAUGUCUGUGUGUGAGUGUGUGUGUGAGUGUGUGUGUGUGUGUGUGUGUGUGUGCACAUACGUACGUGUAUUAUCGCCUACAAAACCACUUUGUGCGAGCCCUGCGCGGAUGGACCUGAGCGUGUAUCUGGACGGGGUCAGUGUUCCGUUGGACUUGUUGGGUUCUCUUGUGUUCUCCGGGGGUUCUUUGUGCCCACGUUCUUAAGUUAUUGUGUUUCUGGUUUGUGUCUGUACAGCCAUAUGCAGUAUCCUCCUAGUCUGUGUGAUUCUUACUACUUCUGUCUGUGGCCCAAUGGAUUGGUAGGUUCAGUGCAGUAUUACUAUCAGACUGAUGAACAAGUGUGUGUUUGUGUGUGUUUGUGUGUGUGUGUGUGUGUGUGUGUGUGUGUGUCAUGCCUCAUGCCAGAUUCAAGUAGUCUUCCCAGAAAUCAAGAGAAACAUUCCUCUUAACCCAUCAGUUGUUGCAACAUCAAAUAUCAAAUAUUGCCACACAUGGUUUCAACAGCCUCUGUGUAUGUGUGUGUGUGUGUGUGUGUGUGUGUGUGUGUGUGUGUGUGUGGGUGAGAGGGAGAGAGUUGGGUGUGAUAAAGUGGUGUGUGUGUGUGUUUGUUUGUUUGUUUGUUUGUAAUAACUCUUAGCCCUGUCGUCAUUUCACCCAUUCUUGUCUUAGAUCUCUACCCAUUAUUGUAUUUAUUACUCUGUAAAUAUAUAUGUGUGUGUGUGUGUGUGUGUGUGUGUGUGUGUGUGUGUGUGUGUGUGUGUGUGUGUGUGUGUGUGUGUGUGUGUGUGUGUGUGUGCGUGUGCGUGUGUGUGUGUGUUUGUGCGUGUGUGUGUGUGUGUGUGCGCGUGUGCGCGUGCGUGUGUCUUCUAUGUAAAUGAUUUUAAAAAAACUAACUUUCUGUGAGACUAAUGUAGUAAAACAUAUUUAUUUUCAAAUGAAA